UCUCAGUACAUCUCUGUCUGUCUUUGGUGACUGUGUGAGAGUGUGUAGAAGAGAGAUUUACGCACCUUGGAGGGACCUCAAAACACACAACACUGCUGCUUCAGUCUCAUUGGAUUUCUGCCAGCUUCUGACUUUUUACUUUCAUGAAGAAUGAAAGACUCGUCUUGUCUCUGAAAAGCAAAGUGGAUUUUUAACUUUUUAACUGGUUGCUAUAAGACCCUGCACAGGAUCUUCAUGCUUCUGAGGGUGUAGUUGACAACGCGGUUGACAUGGACCGUCUCAACAGAAAUGUGCCUGAGUGCAGUCGACAGACGCAUCAAGUCUUACAGAGCACCCCGCUGGAUCUGAUAGAGACAGGGAAAGGCCUGAAGGUCCAAGCAGAACGCCCCCACCUGGUCAGUCUGGGAAGCGGUCGUCUCAGCACAGCCAUCACACUCCUGCCCCUGCCAGAAGGCAGGACAACACUGGGCCAUGGCGCGAUGGACAUUAACAUCCAGGGCCCGGGGGUGGCGGCCCUGCACUGCUACAUUGAGAACCGCGGCGGCGUCAUCACCCUGCACCCCUGUGGCAACCAGUGUGCUGUCGAUGGCCUCCCUGCCACCAAGCCUGUGCGUCUGUCUCAGGGCUGCAUGCUCUGUUUUGGCCAGUCGGCAUUUUUCCGCUUCAACCACCCUGAGGAGGCCCUGAGGAUGAAGAACAUGUUGCCAGGAGGAAGCGCGGGUUCGAGUGCCCCCCUCAGACCGCGCACAGACUCGCCCGACAGCCUGGUCAAUGGGAACCACCCGCCGGGCCCUGCGGAGUGGAAACCGGCCCCGCCCAGGUCCCGCCCUGAGCACAGCACCCUCGUCAGCUCCAUCGAGAAGGACCUGCAGGACAUUAUGGACUCACUAGCGAUGGACGAGCCCCAGCCCUCCACCUCUGAGCCACAGAGGGCGUCCCACGCGCCCAUCCCGCAGUCUCCGCUAUCCCCCGUGGUGAAUGGCGGGGGGCGCUGCCUGCUGUCCCCGCCCACCAGCCCGGGCGCCAUGUCGGUGGGCUCCAGCUACGAGAACGCGUCCCCGCCCUUCUCCCCUCUGUCCUCGCCAUCGGCCGCCAGCAGCGGCAGCUACACCAGCCCCUCCCCUGACCCCGCCCCCGCUCCUGGCUCCGCCUUGCCCCCCGUGCCCGUUCGCUCCUCCAGCUACAACUACAGCAGCCAGCCGCCGGUGCCGCAGCCACGCAGCCUGCUGUCCGGGGGGGCCAGGGUGCCCGACAGCCCACGGCUGCAGAGGAAGGCCCUGCUGGAGGCGCCAGCGAGCCCCACGCCGGCGCGGCGGGCGGGGCAGGAGGCCACGGGGGGGCGGGGCACGGACAGCCCCAGGGUGGCACAUGUGCUGCCCUCGCUCUCGGUGUCCGCAGCCCCGGGCGAUGCCCUGCCCCUUGGCCGGUCCGCUGUCCCCAGCAGCCCCAGGAUGACCCCCAAAUUCCCCCCCGCAUCCCCCGCGCCCUCCAGCCCCAGGACUAAAGCGGGGUCCCUGCAGGAGCGGCCGCGGAGCCCCUUCCGGGAGGCGGGGCCUGUGGACCGCGGCCUGACCGCCAGCCCCUCCCGCCAGCUGUGCCAGCCCCCCCUGGACCCCGUGGUUCACAUCGUGCCCCCCCCACAGCCGCAUCCUCGCAGCCUGCAGCCGCCGGAGAGCCCGCGGCUGGGGAGGCGAGCGCUGGAGCCGGGCAGCAUGCGCGAGCUGCCCCCCCUCAGCCCCUCCAUGUCCCGCCGGGGGGUUCCUGUCCUGCCAGGGGCGCUGCCUGGCACCUCCCCUGCCUCCCGCACCCCCGACAGCCCCUCCGCCAAGCUGGUGCCCGACAGCCCCCGGCUGCGGCGCAAAGCGGGGUCCCCACCUGAGGAGCCAUUCGGCAGCCGGGGGGUGCGUGCACGCAGCCCCUCCCCCACCGGCCUGCUGCUGGAGCCCGGCGCCGGCCGCAAGAACAGCUACGGAAACGCCCUGUCGCCCGCCUUCAGCCUGGGCUCGCUGCCCAGCUCACCCCUUUCCAGCCCGCGCGGGCACAGGAAGAUGUCGGGGGGUCACAGGGAGCUCCGCCCCACCCACCCCGGCAUGCGGGAACGCAAGAACAGCAUCACCGAGAUCAGCGACAACGAGGACGAGCUGCUCGAAUACCACCGGCACCAGAGAGAGGAGCGACUGCGAGAACAGCAGAUGGAGAAACUGGAGCGGCAGAGACUAGAGAGCAUCCUCAGCCUGUGCGCCGAGUACAACAAGGGGGACGCGGCCGGGGGCGACCCGCCAGCAGGGGGCGACCCGCCAGCAGGGGGCGGUGUGAGGACAGCCUUCCCCGGGAUGGGACCCGGAGAGGGCACCAGCAGGAGGCCGUCGGGGGACAUCGGGGGCACGGUGUCACUGCGGGGGGGGCAGAGACAGAGGGAGAACGAGGAGGACAACCUGAAGGAGGAGUCGAGCAGCACGGAGAGCACACAGCAGGAGUGUGAGGACUCCUCAACGUUGGGCGGCACCAGGCGGUUGGAGCUGGGCUACCUGGAGGAGGAGCGGGUCAGAGUUCUGGCCCGAGUGGAUGAGCUGAAAACCCGAAUCACAGAGCUGGAGCAGCAGCUGCAGGAAUCCAAGCAGGAGGCGGAGAUGGAGCGGGCGUUGCUGCAGGGCGAGCGGGAGGCGGAGCUGGAGCAGAUGGAGGCGGAGUCUGACAUCAUCACACAGCUGCAGCGCAAGCUGAAUGAGCUGGAGAGUGCCAUCCAGAGGGAGAAGGACAAGGAAAGGGCAAAUGUUGAAGCAGAGCGGGAGGCCCUGGACAGGCUCCAGGACGGAUACAAUGAGCUGAGGAGCCAGCUUCAUAACUGCCCCGAGUCAUUGAGGGAGCAGUUACAGGAUCAACUCAAAAGGGAGGCCGAGGUGCUGGAGUGCGAGACCAAACGGUUCGAGGACCUGGAGUUCCAGCAGCUGGAGAAGGAGAGCAGCCUGGAGGAGGAGAGAGAGACCAUCAGCCAGCAGCUUCUGCAGGAGAGAGCAGAGUACCACAGCAGCCUGGCCAAGAGGAAGGAGAAAGUGGCGGCGCUGGAGAGUCAGGCCAAUCAGCUGGGUGUGCAGGCGGCCCAGGAGUGCGAGCGUCUGGCUAAAGACCGAAACCUCACCCUGCAGCUGCUCCAUAAGGAGAAGGAGAGGCUGUCUGCUCUGGAGAAGCGGUACCUCAGCCUUACUGGAGGGAGGGGCUUCCCCAAGAGCUCCAGCACCAUGAAAGAGGAAGUGCUUCAUAUCAGCGAGGCUGACCUGUUAGAGGAAGCGCGCCAGUUCCCCCGCAGCCGGCCGGCUGCGUCUCUUUUACAGACCUCCCAAACGUAUCCCAGCAGGCCUCAGCAGGAGUACUUGAAGCUCUCUGAUGUCUAUAAGAUGUAUGGGAGUGGUUGCCAUGAGACCCAAAUCGCCACCUCCACCCAGCACUGCGCCCCGCUUGCCAUAGCCCCAGCUCUCCCCAGCGAGGAGUACGUCACUGUCGGCCAAUUAAACCAGAUCUUCGGGAUGCCGAAGGUCGAGUCCUCCCCCACCUCUCCUGUCCAAUCAUUCCAGUCUGCCAUUGCAGACUCCGCCUACUCCUGCCACACCCCUCCACAUGGCUCCACCCUUUCUCUCUCUGUUGAGGCUGACUGGAGCAGGCCUCAGAUCCCCGCUCUGGAUUUAGAGCGGUGGUACCAGGAGGUGAUGGCUGCUGGGGAGGCCAGCCAGCUCUGCCCCCCACCUCUCCCAGCUAAAACUCUCUCAGCACGCAGGCCGGGGCAGGUGUACCGUUCCAAACUGGACAGUGAUGGGGGCCAGCCUGCCCUGCUGCCCAAAGCCAGCGCGGGGUUAACACCGCAGUACUGUGCAGCAACACUAGGGCGCAGCACUCCCACCAAGAGCGCCAUGAUGGUUCCCAGCAGCACAGGCAGCCUCCCGCGGAACCUGGCUGCCACACUGCAGGACAUUGAGACCAAGAGGCAGCUGGCCUUACAGCAGAAAGAGUCCUUGCCUUCCACGCCUGAGUCUUCCUCCACCAGCGACAAUCUUACAGGCCACCAGGUGAUUGAGGAGCAGAGGCGCCGUCUGGCGGAGCUGAAGCAGAAGGCUGCAGUGGAGGCGCAGUGCCAGUGGGAGGCGCUACACGGCUCUCAGAACCAGCUCAACAUCCCCUUCUCGCUGGCGGGACCUCCCAUGGUGCACCACUCCAUCCUUCACCACCAGCCGCCCCCUGCAGGCGAGCGGGCGUACGACACACUGAGCCUGGAGAGCUCUGACAGCAUGGACACCAGCGUUUCCACCGGCAACAACUCUGCCUGCUCCCCUGACAACAUGUCCAGUGCCAGCGUCAUGGAUGCCCUGAAGAUCGAGGAGAUGGAGAGGAUGUUGAAGGAGGCCCAGCUGGAGAAGGCCAAACUGAUGGAGAGCCGGGAGCGGGAGAGCGUGGCGAGGAGGCAGAUGCUGGAGGAGGAGAGGAGGAGGCGCGAGGAGGCUGAGAAACGGCUGCAGGACGAGACGGUGCACCGGCAGCAGCUGGUAGAGAAGGAGGUGAAGAUGAGAGCCAAGAACUUCUCCCAGGCUCGGCCCAUGACGCGGUACCUGCCCAUCCGCAAGGAGGAGUUCGACCUGCGCUCCCACAUCGAGUCGUCCGGCCACAACGUGGAGACCUGCUACCACGUGAUCCUCACCGAGAAGAUGUGCAAGGGCUACCUGGUCAAGAUGGGCGGCAAGAUCAAGUCUUGGAAGAAGCGCUGGUUUGUGUUUGACCGCCUCAAGAGGACCUUCUCCUAUUACGUAGACAAACACGAGACCAAGCUGAAGGGUGUGAUCUACUUCCAGGCCAUUGAGGAGGUGUACUACGACCACCUGCGCAGUGCCACCAAGAAAGGACUCUUCAGCCUGAGUUUAGCCAGUCACAUCUCAGAGCUGCUGCCUUCUCAGUUUCGGAGAGAGAGCCCCAACCCGUCGCUGACCUUCUGUGUGAAGACGCACGACCGGCUGUACUACAUGGUGGCCCCAGCUCCUGAGGCCAUGCGCAUCUGGAUGGAUGUGAUUGUCACAGGGGCAGAGGGAUACACGCAGUUCAUGAACUGAGAGGCGAAGGCCUUGUGCUCGGACAGCCAAUAAGAAAGCGUUUUGGCAGGGAGCCUCACACCUGUUGCCCCGCCCCAGCCGUGGGGAAGCCUUUUUUAUUGUUACUUUUAUCUCUUUUUUUUUAAACUAAUACCUUCACAUUCGAUUACUUACUUUCUCUUCACCAGUUUUCUACUUGCUUUUGCAUGGAUCAAAAAGGGAGUUCUGGAAGACAGAAAAAAAAAUGAAACCAAAAGCUGUAACUCUCCGCGUUGUGGCUACAGAGCAAGGCCUUGCUUUUAUUGACAAUGGAAAGAUUGUUUUUGGUAACAGUCCCUUGUGACAACGACCCAUUUUUGUGUACUGGUAACUGGUGUUUUUUGAAGUUUGAUGUAACUGAAUUAUUUAAACUUCAGUUCUUUUGACUUGUGUCAGAUGGGAUGACAUCACAAUGACAUCAAGCCAAUCAGCUUGUUUUCAGACAGACCCUGUUGAUGCGGGACUGAAGGACAGGAAGUUAGCGCCCGCCUUUUUUCAGGUCCUGGUUGGUAUACUUGGUAUACAGUACUGUACAUCAGUCUGCAGGAUUUGUAUAGCAUUUUUAAUACAUACAAAAUUACCGUUUUUACUGGAAAACCAACCAAUUGAAGCAUUCCUGUGUAGCUGAAACCAGGACUGUUGACCCACCAAAGCUCUGACACCAGCUCAGGAACCAGGCUAUCUUCCCUGUCUUUUUUUGUUGUUUGUUUUCAAAAUGUCACCGUUAGAAAAGUGCUGAAUCGGAUUUCACUGUGUUUGUCUGGGAAUGUUGCCAACGAACCAUAUAAGGUGCAUAAAUACACACACACACACACACAGUCACACGUUCACACACGCAUGCAAGCACACAAACACACACACGCAUGCACACACACUCACACACAUACACAUGUGCAAACAAGGUCUGUGUGCCAAGUCCUGAUAUUUAGACCUUAAAAGCGAGAAGCAGAAUCAGCCAUCAGUCACUGCCAGCCUACAGCGAGCGCUAAGCCUGAAUCAGACUUCACACGCUAGUGCUGGACAUAACUGGAACAAUGCAAUUCACUCUCUGAAAGAAUCUGUGCCUUGAUAUGCGUUCAUCACUCCAGGUAUUUGACUGUAAAGCUUGCAGGAAGCGAGCUGAUACUAUGUGCGUCUAUCAUUUCAUUUUUAAUCAUGUGGAUUUCAGUGACAUUUGCACAAGGCCUUGGGGAGUUAAAGGUAUUCUGACUGCUGAAUCACAGUGCAAUAUUGGAGCACAUGGACAGGACCCUUGGUGGACUUCAAGGAUUUGGGCUUUAAUAGAUUUUAGAGAAAUGUGCAUUAAAAGAUGACUAGCGAAAAUAUGUGCUAGUAUUUCCAGCGAGUGUGAGGAAGAAACAGCCCUGCAGGACCGCUGGAGAGCUGUGCGUUCAAAGCCAGCUGCUUCGCCUCAUCUUUCGGGGAACACCAGGCUGAGUUUGGCUUAUUGUAACAGUUAUUUUAGUACAUGUGCAUUAAGAAUUAGUUGUAUGUCUCCCAGAAGAAAUACAAAUGUCUAAUUGGCUUGAUAGCCCAAGAUGUAACUAAUAAUGGUAUCUCUGAUGGGGGAAGACUGAGGAUAAUGUCUGAUUUAUCAGCAGUUCUGCUGUGUUUUCUCAGAAUGAAUGCAGGCAUGUUUGGCUUUUGUAGAGGUGCUGUCACUGUAUCAGGCUGUGAAGUGGUUCAUACCGCAGGUUUGGAAUGAACAGUUUAGCAGAAGCAGGAUGGCUGUGAGAGUCAGGAACAUGGCAUCAAUGAUACUGCGGUUCUUUCUGUGCAUUUAUAAGGCCGCAAUACAGUUCAUAUGUCAGAGUACUUCUUCACAUUGGUAGUAUUGUGCUAAAUGUAUGUUCAUCAUUUAGUGUCCAGCAUCUCACCACCUUUCAGCCAAUGGGGAGAUGUUCCCUCAGGUCUCCCUGGUCACACCCUCCCUGAAUGACACACUCCAAACUACUCUGUCCCCUUUUGUCACCACCAUCACCACACACACACAUACGCGCACACACACACACACGCACACACGUACACACACAC